GCCCUUGCCUUGGCAACCGCGGGGGCGGCAAGAUGGCGGACGACUUGGACCGGCUGCUGGAUGAGGUGGAGAGGCGGCUGUCCCGCCGGCACGGCAGCGGAGAGGAGAAGCCUGCGGCGGCCAAGGAGGACAGAUCAGCUAAACUGGUAAUGAGUGCUGGCAGCAGCAAAGAAGAUCUAGAUGACAUUAUUGAUGAAAUCUGUAAGGACAGCAGCUUUACCAAAACACUUCCGAAAUUGAAGUCUAACUUCACAAGUCUCACACCUGAAAGAAAUAGUGCUAUUAUACAGGCAUGUGGGAAAAAAUGCUGUCCAGUGUACCUGGGUGGAAGCGCUUCACCCUCUGGCAUAGGAACAAAUAUUUCAAAAAGAACAUGUGAUCAACUACGUUGUACUGCUUGCGACUUCCGUGUGUCACUUUUCAAUGACUACAUCUGGGAUCAGUCCUGUGAUUAUCUUUUUUUCAGGAAUAACAUGCCUGAGCUCAGUAAACUAAGAGCAAAGAUGAUAAAGAAGAAAGGAGCACGAGCAUACGCUUGUCAGUGCAGCUGGAGAUCCAUUGAUGAAUUAACUGACCUCCAGACGGAGCAGCAGCUUCGGUGGGUUUGUGGUAAACAUGGAGAAUGAAGUCUUCUUGUGUGUGAUACCUACUUGUGUGGACACAGGUCUCAAACUCAAUUUGUUUCCCAGUUUUCUGAGAAGAGCUGGACACUUGAAUACUUCUAUCUAGAAAUAGAUUAUAAUACCCAGAUUUCAACCUGAAAACCUGUUUUUUCAAUUUAACUGUCUUGCAAGCAAUGUGGAGAGUUGAAUUAUUACAAGAAACAAUUUUGAGGCUUUCUGGAAGCUAAAUGAGGUUAAAGCUCAUACUGAGUAGUGUUAAAGGAGAAGAGGAAAUAACAGACCUGGGCAUGAGCAAAACACCUUGAUACUGUUCCUCAUAUCUACUAGAAGAGAGCCUUAUUUCCCAUGUCUGCAGAAUCUUGGAUUCAAAAUGGUGGGCUGGGACACAGCCAUGACACACAAGCAUAUGAAUUUCAGCACAGAAAUUAAUCCCGCUCUUCUGCUUUGCUCAUUGCUGGUAAUGAGCAAGUGGUUGUUUGCUCUCUUAAAAAAUUACUGUGGGAUCAGCUCUCACCUCAAAGGUUUCAGCACACCCCAGAACUUUACUUUCUUUUAUCCACCAGUAACCAAAAACUGCAGGUGCUGAAAAUUUUCUUCCAGUUCCUACUGCUUUCUUCAGAGCACUUUCCUCUGACUAAGCACUUUUACCACAAUGAAAUUUUCCUCAGCCUUCACUGCAAGAGGUGAACAAGUUAUUAUUAAAUUUUGUGCAAUUUUAAAGAUAUUCUGAAGAGUUUUCUGUCAAUAUUCUCAAGGGAAAAAGGCUCAGGCUUUUAAGAGUGAGAAAAUAUAUAUCCCCACUGAUGUUGGAAUUUAGAUUUUAUUUCAGUUUCACAUAGCUUUCCCUUCAACUUCUCCUUAAAAUACUAUGUAUUGAGAAAGUGUCACUGUCCUGUUUCAACACACUUCCUUCCACCGGUAACGUUACUUGGUGAAUUGUCUUGCUUACAGUCACUGUCACUAUAGUUUAUGAGCUCUUUCUUUUCUUUAUGUAUAAAUAACACAGGAGAUAGACUUGAGUUUUAUGCAAGGAGAUAGGAAGGAAAGGACUACCAGUCCUGUCAUUUACUACAUUUAAAAGUGUCUCAGAAUGGGAAGUCUGUCAAUAUUUUUGCUAUGCAAUAUGUGUAUCUAUACAAAUAAAUUCGAGAUUAUUUACUUUGAGCAAUUCUAGCUAUACAGAGCAAUUUCCUUUUCUAGGAAGUUCUGCUCAUGGUUCUAACUGUACAUUUGUUCUGUUUCUGAGCUUUUCCAAAACAAUUGCAUGGUCUUUCUUAUGGAGGUGAUCUCUUGAAUCCGUUGCCCUCUGAAAGAGCAGAUCUUGGCAGUGACCAGAGGCAUGAUGUACUCUGCAUCCUGCUUCCCUUCCCCUUCCUUGAGUGCUUGUUUUAGAAGCUGCAGAGGACCAGCACUGUGCCUGGGAGCCUUGGCAGUGCUUCUUCAGUGUCCAGACUGCAUCUUCCAGUGCCACGUGCAGGCUUACCAGUAGAGUCAGAGGUGAGCUGGCUUUUGAGAGGUACUACUUGGCAUACUGGUGUAGACAUAUUUAAGGUCGUGUAUUGUUUUCAAUGAAAUUGGUAUUUCAGGCUGAAGUUUCAACUGCUAGAAUCUAAAACUGCAGGUUCAGGAGACCAAGGGACCCAGAAACCAAUUGAUUAGUGCUCAGUCAGAUGCCUGCUUGGCUUUCUGUCCUUUGUGAAGAGUUCACCCUGGUGUGGGCUGAAGGCAGUGAGUGUUCCUGGGUUUUCUUCAGGUGGGCCUGAGUGAUUUCCAUGCCCAGAAAACAUCAGUGCUAAGCAUAAGGGAAGAACCCAGCAGUAGUUAACAAGCUCUGGGGAAGAAGGAACCUGCUCUCCAUUAUUCUUGAAGAAUGCAUUUCAAAAAGUGCUGAGUUGCCUUGGCACGUGUGUUCUGAGGCUAUUGGAAACUCAUGACCAAGUAGUCCCACAGGGUACUCUUUCAGUUGGAUUUGCUCUGGAACUUGUGCCACAGUGUAGGAUCAAAUUGGGCUUGCAACCUGUGAGUAAGAAACAGGGAAAAUCCUAAUACCCAUCUCAGUCAUGAGACCAAGUCUUACAUGACUUGAAAAAGGAGCAUGUCUCCUGUACCCUAAACAUUCCCCCGGAAUAAUCAGGUUUACUCAAGUAUAGUUACUUGUUUCUGGCCUUGGUAGAAUGGUGGGAUGUGACAUCUCUUUGUCCAAGGGAAGUUGUAAACAGGUGCAGAAAUAGUGCAUAUUGUAUUGGUUUUCAUUACAGAAUUUAGCAUAUUUUUAGAUUUGAGAAUAGUUACUAUGUCAUUCAAUAUAAUUAUUGUGUUGGAAGGAGGAGCGGUAUUAAGAUUUGAUUUCCCUUCCUUUGCUUUCCUCAGUUACAAACCACUUCAAAGUCCUCAAAUGAAAAGAAAGUAGGGGAAAAAAGGUAAAAUUAGAGCUUUUGUUUGUUUGAUGAAGGUAUUGUCAGAUUGCACAAGGUUUUCAAGACAUAGCCCAGACCCGAAGUGAUAUUUCCAUGUCAGUUAUCUGAGAUAACAGGGAUUAUGUAGAGAAUUCUGUUUCAGAACAUGGAAAGAAUUCUGUUUAAGAAUGCCAUUCAGCUGUUGUCAAACGGAACUACCAGAGCACAGUUUUGCUAAGUAUGAAUGUGACCAUUGUUUUCCUCCAGUUUUUUGCUUUGGAAUUAAAAAUAACAUUUCCGUUUCUGAAAUGGACAAGGUGAAAAUUUGAGGCUUUUAUUUUGCUUAGGUGAUAUGCUUGAAAAUUUUCUAGCCUGCAGCAUUAGUCUGGAGCAGAUCCCUCCAUCUCAACAAAACAGAAGCCAUGAAGGAUGACAAAAUGAUAAUCCAUACAAAAGCAUUCACAUGGAAAUGUAGUCAGUGGUUUAAUCUCAUACCAACUUUUCUAAAUCUAUGUUCCUGCAGUAUUUCUGGAUAGGAAUGCCAUUCAGAUAUAUAUAGCUUUUCUUCAUCAAAUUUUAAUUUGCUGUUCUGACUACAUUUCACUUGUCUUACCUGCAAAACAUGGAGGGUGUCCAAGCCAGAUGCUGAAUACAGCUCAGAAGAGUCAUUAUUGAAGGUCUUGACCUGCCAUUAUAUUUAACGUACAGAAGCAUAAUAGCAUUACAUAUUGCAAGCUCUGCGCUGUAUUGUGUUGAAUAAAGAUUUUUUUCUUUCCGAACACCUAUUUCAGUUUUGUACUGAAGGUAUUCUGCAAAUGCUGCCACUUGCUGAAAGACUACCACUUCUCUUGUUUCCUGACAUGUGAGUCUUUGGGUCAUGUAACCAGCACAUGUGGUAGUCACACUAUAGGAGAGGGACUAUGCUGGGAGCUGUGCAGGCAAAUUUUUCUUCCUGCCAGGCUCUUUUUGCGCAAGACCUGACCAGUUUUGUCUGUUGUGUGAUACCCGAUAACUACAGACAGGUGGGAGGUAAAGGAACAUCAGGUGCUGCUCAUUUGUGAGGGCCUCAUCCAAUGCCUGGGGUUUGACAUCUGUGCUUUGAGAAAUGUCUACUUUUCAAAUGUCAGCACUUAAUAAAAUGAAAAGUUGGAACAAA